UCAGCCAUCUCCCCCACGCCAGCCCUCUUCCUCCUUGGCAUGCAUGCCCUCUGCUCUCUGCCUUCCAUGGCCGUCGGCCUCCACAGCACAGCAGUCACGGACGCCCCUGCCACUGCUCCAAAUGGCGAGCAACUCCCCUCGGCCAGCCAUGGCGCCCCCCUGCUCCUUCUUCCUCGGCGCGCUGAAGCUUUCCCCCAUGGCAGCGAGCUCGAGUUUCUCCCAUGGCGCCUUCCCAUGUUCUUCCCUGCUCGGCCAGCAACCAGGGCGUCCAAAGCCCCUGUGCUCGGCGUCCUUCUUCCACCUCCGGCCGACCUCCACCUUCCUGCUCCAUGGCCGCCCAGCAGCAGCGCCCCUCCCCUGCUCCACGGCGAGCAGCAGCUCGUCCACCUCUUCCUCCCAUGGUGCCCAGAAAUUCCAGCAGCAAGGACUCCCUCUCCUCCACAGCAGCAGCAGCUCGACCCUCCUCUCCUCGCUGGCGCAAACCUCUCCCAUGGCGCGCUGCAGCAGAUGCCCUGGAGCAUCCCCACCAUGGCUCGCGACCCGGCUUCCUCCCUGCUUGCGUGCUGCUGCGCAGUGCCCCGUCGGUGCUUGCUAUGUGCUCGACGAAAUGCGCAGCAAGCCACGCGUCGUCGAUUUCCUGCAGCAGCCCCGGCGUCUCCGCGCUCUACGGGCUCGCUGUUUUAUAAAGCGCAGCGAACAGGACGACGUCGACACUCGCCGGUUGCUUGCUGUUUUUGCGCAGCCCCGUCGUCGUCGUCGUUCACCCUCGGUGAGACCACGGCAAUCCUUGUUUGAUUCCACAUUGGCAUUAUUCUUCGGUGAUUAAUUGUGUAUAUGUGCUGUUUUGUUUUGUUUUAUGGAGGAGAGGAACCCCGUGUUUUGCGUGAAGAAGAAGGCAAGCCGCUCAACGCUCGUCGGAUGUGCGGAGCUAUGCACAAAUCGAAUCGCCAACGUUCUUACAAACACCGAUUGGGACCGAGAGAUGAUGAUUGAGCCAGUGAUGUGGUGCCAAC